AAUUACAAGUGGCGCAGUUUUUCGGUAAUUUUGUUUAAUAAUCUUCAUUAUGCCUUACGUAAAGUAAAGUUACAUGAAUUUGAUAUUCAUGCGGGGCAAAGUGAGAUUCCUAUGUGCGGCUCGUAGAACAGUUCAUUUUACUAAAUGCGAUCGGGCGUGAGUUACGGGUGGCCACGUUGGUCACGCAUGUCGGCCCCGCCACAUACGAACUUAUAUGUGAUUUGUGUUUGCCGGAUAACCCAGAAGACUAAGUGUUCGAACAGUUGGUGACGUUAGUUCGAGAGCAUUUAGAACCGAAGAGAUGUGAAAUCACCGAGCGGCACGUGUUUCGACAAUGGCGGCAGGCGGAAACUGAAAACGUGGGAGCGUUUUUCCAAAACCUCCAAAACCUAACAUCUUGCUACACAUUGCAACUUUGGUGCACUGCUGGAAGAGAACAACAGGGAAUCAGCUUGUCUCCGGCUUGCAGAGUGAAGAAAUGCGGUCUUGCCUGUUCUGCCUGCUUGCUGGUGGCGUGGACAAAGAAACCAUCCACCAAUGCACGCUGAGCCACAGUGGUCGUGGCAAGAGUUACCAUUUAUCUGCGAUCCAGAGGCUGGCAUUCGAGGUCUCCAGAACUUUGCUAGAUACGCUGAUAAAUCUCAGUUGGAUCAGAAACUGUUGACGUGGGAGGAUGUGGCGCGGUGCGACGGACUACACGGAUCUCCCCUCUACGUUGUGUUCGAUAACAGCGUCUACGACGUCACCGAGUUUGCCGACUUUAUGGCCGCCGUACAGAAGUACACGACAGCAGACGUGGCCAGCCGCAACGGCAAAGGCGGCGGUCCGGUGUGGAUGAUAUACAAGGACGGCGUUUAUGACGUCACCAGUUACGUGCCGCAGCACCCGGCGGGGGACGUCAUGCUGGAGGAGGCGGGCGCGGACUGCACCAAGGCCUUCGACGAGUCCGACCACUCCUCCGACGCGCUCACCAUCCUUCAAAAGUAUAAGAUCGGAGAGAUCGUUGAUGAGGAGAAACGCUACGACGCCAAUGGCAAGAAAAUAAAGAGGAAGAAGGUAGUCGCAGCCGCCCCUGAAACCAGCAACCGCGGCUGCUUGAGGAUCAUCACUUGCGGCCUAAUAGGCUGACCCUGACCUACCGACCUCCCGACCACCAAUGCACAACCUCACUUAGUUAUGCUAAGUCUAGUGCUUAUUUACUUAGACUUCCAAGUCAGGCUAGUUUAAAAGGGGUACGAACAUCACCAAUCAAAUACAAAUUCAAAAACUCUCUAUUCAAGUAGAUAAUAUAUUCUAAUGUAAAGUUGAAUAGUUACUUUGUUUAUUUACUUGAAAGAGAUGAUCUCAGGAAAUCUCCCCUGUGUCUGUAGGUAACCGCAUUCCAUGCUCCCCAUAUCCCAGUUUCUCACCUUUUAACAGCAGGUUUACUUAGAAUUGCCUUUCGUAACUUAUUAUAAUACCUAGUACAAUUUACGUAUUACGAAUACUUUUAGUUAUUUAUUGCCAAGAGUUAGAUAUACCUACGCCUCUGGUAAAAUGUUAUUACAAGAUAGAUAGAUAAAUUCUUUAUUGCACACAAUUAAAGGAUAAUGAUAAUAUAUAUUGAAAACAUAAAUACAAGAAAAAUAAAAAUGCGCAAAGGCUGUCUUAUCGCUUUAAGCGAUCUCCUCCAGACAACCCUUAAUGAAAGAAGAAAAUAAUUAUGGAAACUGGAUAGUGCAAUUUUUAAAAAUAUGUCGUAAUAUAAACUACAUCAACUAUGUAUAACAGUAAUACAUAACCUAACCUAACCUACAUACAAAGCAAAUAUAUAAGUUUAUGACUCCGUAGAUAAAUAAUAUUCUUUUAAACGACUUUUGAAGAUGCUUAAUGAUUUAAACUGUCUUAUGUCUCUCGGCAAUCCAUUCCAGAGUAUAACCACCUUGACUGUAAAAGAAUUUCCAUACGCAUGCGAGUGACUGGCAGGACCGUGCAACCUGUUGUUAUCCUUAGCCCUGAAAUAGCACUGAACAAUGCUCCCAAGACAGUUGAAUCGCUCUUUUAAAUAUGGUGGCGUCUGAGGAUAAAAUAAAAUAGAAUAUAAAAGACAAAGAACGUGCAAGUUCCUACGGGAUCGAAUUGGUAGCCAGUUUAUCCGAGAACGAUACUGGGACAUAUGAUCAAACUUACGUAUACCAAAGAUAACCCGUAUACAUACGUUCUGCAGCCUCUCCAGUUUAUAGAGCAUGGUCUCUGAUAAAUACAAGUAGCAAAUAUCAGCAUAGUCUAAAAUAGGUAAUAGAAGUGAAUUUGCUAAGAGAAUUUUAGUUUUUAACGGCAGAAAAUUCUUCCACCGUCUCAAGUAUCCAACAGGGGCAAAAAUUUUGCGACUCAAUUCAGAAAUUUGAGCUACCCAAGACAUUGUAUUGUCCAAAAUAAGCCCAAGGUCUCUGACUGCACUUUUCCAAGGUAUAACAGUACAAAUAGAACAGGUGGUAAACUAUUAUAUGAUAGAGAGGAAGCAUGCAACGAAAUAUGCCACCCUAUAUUAUUUUAAAACGCAUCAAAUAUAACAUGGCCACAUAUUUCAUGAAUAUUUUAAUAAUAUGGCCUCUAUGCACUAGCGGAAUUUACCAGUUCAAUGGGUAUGUUACCGUCUUCUUAUUUCUUAAUUCUAUGCCAUUGGUCAGGUUCAAAUCGAAGGAUUAUAGCGGUGGAUGGUAGUAUUGGCUCGAGUGACUGUAACGGCCCCUAACGCGUAGGUAUUUCAAAACACCGACUUAUGUGUCGGAACAUAUUCUGUGGAAAUGACGCCCCCUGAAACCUGCCGACGGUAUCCAUGGUCGCUUCCGCUCUCCGCACUUUCCUUAUGCUACGAUAGGAUCCGCUCUCCUCUUGGCGUGGAAUCUAUCAGGAAUCGCCAUGGAAUCAGCGUCAGUUUUGAAGGGUCAAUUAGCUAUCUAAAGAUUUAAAUCUUUAAUGUAUUUAUAUUUUUGUAAAA